AUGAAUUUAGCCCCUCGCAGAAAUAUUAAAGAAAUGCUUCCUAUUCACUAAAACUUUAUAGAACCUCAUAAUUAUUAAUCAUUUUUCAAAAGUCCUGUUAGUACACGUUAAAGAUAACAAAGACCAUCAAAAUUACCCUCAUUCAAAAUCUCGAAUGGAUUACAGGUUCAAGUUCCUGUCUCACCACCUGUUUCUCCAUAAUGGAGGACUCGUAAUAUGAGUCGUGCAGAACAAAGAAUGUUAAGUGUAAGUCCACCCUAAGUACCUUCAGUACCUUAAAGUCCAAAAUAUUAAGUUUAGAUGUAGAUCUUCAAUGAACAAAUAUUAGUGAGUUUAUGUAACUUAAUUAGUAAAAAGCCUUGAAGAGAAAGAUGAAUGAAACACUAAUUAAAAAAUAAGUUGUCUAAACACCUGAAAAGUUAUUGCAUCAACAAUCUUUAAUUCGAGAAGAUCUAAACAAAGGUAGUUUUAAAUUUUUGUUUGUUCUUGGAAAAGGAGGAUUUGGAAAGGUAUGGAGAGUGGAGCUAUGCAAAAGCCGAAAGCAAUAUGCAAUGAAAGAGAUGAGUAAAGCUAGGUAUAUAAAUACGUUAAAUGAGAAUCUUAUCAAAGAAGUCUGUAAAUUCUGUAUUAAAUGAGAGGAUCCUAUUAAGUAAACUAAGACAUUCUUUUAUUGCAAAUAUUCAUUUUGCAUUUUAAGAUAGAGAUCACCUUUAUUUAGUAAUGGAUUUAUUGACAGGUGGAGAUCUGAGGUAUCAUAUUGGAGUGAAUCGUCGAUUUACUGAAUGGCAAACAAGUAAUGAGAUAAAAGCAAUAUAGAAUUUGUCAUAGGCUGUUUAUUAGUGAGUUUAGAGUACUUACAAAGUAAUAACAUCAUACAUCGGGAUAUAAAGCCUGAGAAUGUAGUAUUUGAUAAGAAAGGUUAUCCAAGAUUGACAGAUUUUGGGAUAGCAAGAAUAUUGAAAGCAGAGAAUAGUUAAGAAACAAGUGGGACUCCAGGAUAUAUGGGUUAGUAAUUAUAUUAAGUCAGAUAGCACCAGAAGUAAUGUGCAGACAGAAUCAUGGAAUAGGUGUAGAUCAUUUUGCAUUAGGAGUAAUGAUACAUGAAUUUAUGAUUGGAAGAAGACCAUAUGUUGGUAGAUCUAGAAAAGAAAUUAAAGAAAUGAUGUUAACUAAAUAGAUUACUAUUAGAAGAUAAGAUGGUUGGAGUAGCGAGAGUGCUGAUAUAUGCAAUUAAGUAAAAAUUCGUAUAAUUUUUAGUUAUUGUAGAGAAAAUAAUAAAAUAGAUUAGGAUUUGAUGGAGUUUAAUCAAUUAUGAAACAUCCUUGGUUUUAAAAUAUGAAUUGGUAAAGUUUGAUAGAUAAAACUAUGCCUUCUCCUUUCGCUGAAUUUGCAUAUUCAGAAGAUCAAGACUUUAAGAGAUAGAUUUCGUCUGAUCAUGAUUCAUAGGAUGAUUUGAUCUAGGAAAAUGUAAGUGCAUUAAGAAGGGAUUCUAUUUAAGAUAUGUUCAAAGAUUAUGAAUACAAUGAUCAUGGAAUGACUGGUAGUACUAAUUCAACUCAAAUUAUAUGA